CUUACUCUUCACACCUGUCGAUACUCAAUAUGAGUAAACACAACACCCAGACCAGCAGGAAAGUCAGCAAUGGAUCAUUCCGAUCGAUUUUCAUGCAUGCCGACGGUGCCGACAUGUUUUUGAUGACCUUUGGGUUUUUAGGUGCCGUCGGCGACGGAAUUUCGACGCCGACCAUGUUUUAUUUUACCAGCACCAUCAUGAACAGCAUUGGAGACUUCUCUUCUCUAUCCAACGAUGUUUUCAUCGACAAAAUCAACAAGAAUGCAGAAUAUCUUUGUUUCUUAGCUAUUGGGAAAUUUAUAGCAUGUUUUCUUGAGGGGUAUUGCUGGGCAAGAACAGCAGAGAGGCAAGCAUCAAGAUUGAGGUCGGAUUAUUUGAAAGCGGUUUUAAGGCAAGAAGUGGCGUAUUUCGACUUGAAUGUAACAAGCACAGCAGAGAUCAUUACAAGUGUUUCCAGUGAUAGUCUCGUGAUUCAAGAAGUCAUCAGCGAAAAGGUGCCUGUGUUCGUGAUGUAUGUAUCUCUUUUUUGUGGGGCAUAUGCUGCGGCGUUUAUAUUGCUAUGGAGGCUAGCAAUUGUUGCGCUUCCAUUUAUUAUAGUUUUAGUUAUACCUGGUUUGAUUUAUGGAAGAGUUCUGAUGAGGUUAUCAAGAAAGAUGAGGGAGGAGUACAAUAAGGCUGGUGCGGUGGCGGAACAGGCGAUUUCUUCCGUGAGGACUGUUUAUUCAUUUGUUGGUGAAAAUAAGAGCUUAACAGAGUACUCAGCUGCUCUUGAAGGAAGCUUUAAAUUGGGUUUAAAACAGGGUUUAGCCAAAGGAUUAGCGAUUGGCAGCAAUAGUGUGUCUUAUAUCGUCUGGUCUUUCUUGAUUUGGUAUGGUAGUAGGCUGGUGAUGUAUCAUGGAGCUAGAGGUGGAACUGUGUUUGCUGUUGGAGCUGUCAUCACCUUUGGUGGAGUAUCACUGGGAUCUGCAUUAUCGAACGUGAGGUACUUUUCCGAUGCAAUGGCUGCUAGUGAACGUAUAAGGGAAGUGAUCAAAAGAGUUCCGGAGAUCGAUUCAGAUAACAUGGAAGGGGAGAUAUUACAACAAGUAUCCGGAGAAGUGGAAUUCAAGAACGUGAAGUUUGCGUACCCAUCAAGGCCGGAAUCGGUGAUAUUCAAAGACUUUAACUUAAAAGUUCCGGCAGGGAAGACGGUGGCGUUGGUAGGUGGGAGUGGAUCUGGUAAAUCGACUGUGAUUGCAUUGUUGCAGAGGUUUUAUGAUCCUCAAGGAGGAGAGAUUUGUGUUGAUGGGUUGAGAAUUGAAAAGCUUCAAUUAAAAUGGCUAAGAUCACAAAUGGGUUUGGUGAGUCAGGAGCCCGCUCUAUUUGCGACAACGGUAAAAGAGAAUAUACUUUUUGGCAAGGAAGAUGCCUCCAUGGAUGAAAUCAUUGAAGCUUCCAAAGCUUCAAACGCUCAUAACUUCAUCUCCCAGUUGCCUCAGGCCUAUGACACACAGGUUGGAGAAAGAGGAAUUCAGAUGUCAGGCGGACAAAAGCAAAGAAUUGCUAUUGCCCGUGCAAUAAUCAAGUCGCCUCGUAUUCUUCUUUUGGACGAGGCGACAAGCGCACUAGACUCUGAAUCAGAACGAGUCGUUCAGGACGCACUUGAUCGUGCGUCUGUUGGUCGAACGACAAUCAUCAUAGCUCAUCGCCUUUCUACAAUUAGAAACGCCAACAUGAUAGUGGUGGUCCAGGAUGGCCAGGUGGUCGAGUCUGGCCACCAUGACCACCUCAUUCAACUUGAAAAUGGUCUCUACACAUCCCUCAUUCGCCUCCAAGAAACCAAACAAAAUGAUGAACCCAUUACUCAUUCCCCACUUGGACCUUCAUCGGUCUCCUCCACAUAUGAUGUCCACAACACGAGCAGUCGUCGAAGGUCAAUUAAUGUGAGUCGGUCAAAUUCGGUCAACCAUGGUGCAGAAGACAAAUUUGCUUCACAGACAAACCAAGUAUUUCCGGUACCUUCUUUCAAGAGACUUUUAGCAAUGAAUAUUCCUGAAUUUAGGCAAGCAUUGUAUGGGAGCUUGGGUGCUAUUUUAUUUGGUGCAGUUCAACCAGUUUAUUCUUUUGGAAUGGGGUCUAUGAUAUCAGUGUAUUUCUUGGUUGAUCAUGAUGAGAUCAAACACAAAACGACGAUGUAUUCACUAUGGUUUGCUGGUCUAGCAAUUUUCACGAUGGUAAUAAACAUCAUUCAGCAUUAUAAUUUUGCAGCCAUGGGUGAGCACUUGACCAAGAGGGUCCGCGAAAAGAUGUUGUCAAAGAUACUCUCUUUUGAAAUCGGGUGGUUCGAUCAGGAUGAAAAUUCAACCGGAGCCCUCUGUUCCAGGCUAGCUAAAGAUGCCAAUGUGGUGCGAUCUUUGGUGGGUGAUCGAUGUUCACUUCUAAUUCAAACAUUCUCUGCCGUGACGGUUGCUUUCAUAUUAGGGUUGGUGAUUGCAUGGAGAUUGGCAUUAGUUAUGAUUGCUGUUCAGCCACUUGUAAUUAUAGGCUUCUAUAGCAAACGUGUUUUGUUAAAAACUAUGUCACAAAAAGCCAUGAAAGCACAAGAAGAAAGUAGUAAGCUAGCAGUGGAAGCCGUCUCAAAUUUGCGCACAGUCACUGCCUUUUCUUCUCAACCACGAAUCCUGAAGAUGCUCCAAGAAACCCAAAAAGCACCAAUGCGUGAAAGCAUCCGACAAGCAUGGUAUGCUGGAUUCGGGCUCGCGCUUACUCAAAGUCUUAUGCCUUGUACUUGGGCUCUGGACUUUUGGUAUGCUGGGAAAUUGAUUAGCGCUGGUCAACUUGGAGCUAAAGCGCUUUUCCAGACGUAUUUGAUAUUAGUAAGCACAGGCAGGACAAUUGCGGAUGCAGGGACCAUGACAAAUGAUUUAGCCAAAGGGUCUGAUGCGGUGCAGUCUGUGUUUGCGGUUUUGGACCGUCACACCUUAAUAGAGCCCGAUGAUGCUGCUGGUAAAAAGUCGGAUAUCAUUACAGGCCACAUAGAGAUACGUGAUGUGGACUUCGCUUACCCUGCUCGGCCUAAUGUCAUGGUAUUUAAAGGAUUCUCGAUCGAUAUUGAAGCUGGGAAAUCAACUGCAUUGGUGGGACAAAGUGGGUCUGGGAAAUCGACCAUUAUCGGGCUUAUUGAGCGUUUUUACGACCCAAUGAAAGGAGUUGUGAAGAUCGAUGGAAGAGAUAUAAGGGCAUACCAUUUAAGAACUUUGAGGAAAUAUAUCGCACUUGUGAGCCAAGAGCCAGCGUUAUUCGCUGGUACUAUACGUGAAAACAUCAUAUACGGGGCAUCCGAGACGGUUAGUGAAUCGGAGGUCAUUGAGGCUGCUAAAGCAGCCAAUGCUCAUGAUUUCAUAGCAGUUUUGAAAGACGGAUAUGACACACAGUGUGGUGACCGAGGGAUACAACUCUCUGGAGGACAAAAACAACGUGUUGCUAUAGCCCGUGCCAUAUUAAAAAAUCCAUCAGUGUUGUUACUAGAUGAAGCCACGAGUGCAUUAGAUAGUCAAUCAGAGAAAGUAGUACAAGAUGCAUUAGAGCGAAUGAUGGUCGGGAGGACUAGUGUGGUGGUGGCCCACCGCUUGAGUACCAUACAAAGUUGCAACACAAUUGCGGUUUUGGAGAAAGGGAAGGUGGUCGAGAAAGGUAACCAUAGUUCAUUGUUAGCGAAAGGGCCUAGUGGAGCUUACUACAUGUUGGUUAGUCUUCAAAAGCCUAAUUCUGGUUAAGAUAAAAAUUAGCUAAAACUUGGUGAAAAUUUGAAAGGGUUUUAUUUAAAAGAUUGAAAGUGUCGAAGUAAAACGAUUUUUACACAUUAUAUAUGGCAUUUGAGGAUGGUAUAUAGGUUUUGUUCAACGUAUCAUUUUCUAACAAAAAAAUGAUUCUUAGAUAUUUGAUAUGUGUGAUAUAUUUGUAACAGUAAAUACAUUAAAUAAUCUAAGUUGUCC